GGGGACUGCGGAGCCCCCGGGGCCCCCCUGGGCGGCACCUGGCGCGGGGCAGCCGGGGACACCUGCGGCGGCGCCUCUGCACCAGCAGCCCCCGCCCAGCCCCGCGCACGGCGGCGGCGGAGGAGGAGGAGAAGCGCAGCCCAGCCCAGCCCAGCCGAGCCCAUGGCGAAGGAGCGGAGCAAGAAGGCGCUGCGCGAGCUGGUGCAGCGAGCGGGCAACCAGCUGUGCGCCGACUGCGGCGCCCCGGACCCAGACUGGGCAUCCUACAGCCUAGGAGUGUUCAUCUGCUUGAAUUGUGCCGGAUUACAUCGCAGUAUUCCCCAAGUCAGCAAACUGAAAUCUAUCCAGUUGGAUGAGUGGGAUGAUGCACAAGUUGAGUUUAUGGCCUCGAAUGGAAACAAUGUAGCAAAAGCAAAGUAUGAACCUAAAAUGCCACCAUUUUAUUACAAGCCAACAUAUCUUGACUGUCAACUGCUGCGGGAACAAUGGAUCAAAGCCAAAUAUGAAAGAAAAGAAUUCAUUUACAGUGAGAAACAAGAACCUUAUUCAGCAGGUUACAGAGAAGGAUUUCUAUGGAAGAGAGGGCGCGACAACGGGCAGUUCCUAAGCAGAAAAUUUGUCUUAUCGGAACGGGAAGGCGCCCUGAAAUACUUCAACAAAAACGAUGCAAAAGAACCCAAAGCAAUUAUGAAGAUUGAGCAUUUAAAUGCGACUUUCCAGCCUGCAAAAAUAGGGAACCCACAUGGACUGCAAAUCACUUACUUGAAGGACAACAGCACAAGGAACAUCUUUGUCUACCACGAAGACGGCAAGGAAAUAGUGGAUUGGUUCAAUGCCAUCCGUGCAGCACGUUUUCAUUACUUACAAGUGGCGUUCCCUGGAGCUAGCGAUGUUGAUUUGGUGCCAAAGCUCUCCAGGAACUAUCUGAAGGAAGGUUACAUGGAGAAGACUGGGCCAAAGCAAACAGAAGGCUUCAAGAAGCGAUGGUUCACUAUGGACGACCGGCGGCUGAUGUAUUUCAAAGAUCCUCUGGAUGCCUUUGCUAGAGGGGAAGUUUUUAUUGGAAGCAAGGAAAACAGCUACAAGGUCCUUGAAGGACUCCCACCAUCCACCCAGGGAAAUCACUGGCAGCACGGAAUAACGAUCGUGACCCCAGACAGAAAAUUUCUCUUUGCUUGCGAGACAGAAAAUGAUCAGCUAGAAUGGAUUACAACUUUUCAGAAAGUUAUCAGCAGGCCAAUGCUGCCUCAGGAAUACGCAGUGGAAGCCCAUUUCAAGCAUAAACCUUAGACAGGACUGUCUGGGCGGACCUAAGGAACGAGAUUCUGUUUACAACACAACGUGGUUUUAUUUGAAAUGUAAAAAUUAAUAAUAAUAAUAAUUACAAGCCGCCAUUCACCUAAUCAUGUUGGAAGUCAAGAAGGGAGCACUUCACGGCAGAAGCAAUGGAGAAGCUGCUGAGCCAUAGGAAAGCGAGUUUGACACUUGUCUAGGUAGGCACAGCCGGGCUUGUUUUCAACCCUGCUCGGUGCUCCUCCGUAGACGACAUCUCCGCGUGCAACCAUUUUGUGUAUCUCACUACAUUAGGUAAGGAAUUACCACAAAGACUGAGCAUGUUGUCAAUAUAGUAGACUCUGAACAAUGUGCAGCAGGAUGCCCCUUGGUCUGUGCUAACCUGUAAUAACACAACCUGUCCUCUCUGGUCCGGGAAGGCCUUGUUCAAUGAGUUUGGAUGUACUCCGUAAGUAGUAUUUUCACAGGGUGGCAACAAAUGACUUAACAUUCACAAUAUACCCUAGAGGUGUGAGGUUUGUCCACCUGGAAACGUGGUCGAUGGCUAGGAAGUGGUAAAACCUAAAAGGUUUUCUGUGAAAAAAUGAAACUUAGAAAAUGAAAUGUGAUGCAAGGAAAGAAAGCUCUUUUUAUAUCCUCUGUAGAAACCUUCUUAAGCUACCAUUUCAACAACCAGUUAGACUAAUGGUGGCUGGGUUUUGUUGGCUUGACUUUCACCUCCUGCAAAGUUCCAGUAGUUCAGACGUGAGAUAGAUACAUGAUUUGAUCCUAGUUUUGGAUCUGAACUUUCCCAGAAUUUGGGGCCAUCUGGACCAGUUAUUGUCCUGAGGGCAAACUGGUGAAGUCCUGAUCCAAAUCCAAAUUCCCUUCGAAUUCACAUCUGGUGCUUCGCUCUGCAUCUUUGGUGUCAGCACGCUUAGUCUUUGGCAUUUCUGCUCCCUAUGGGCUAGUGGAUUUGAAUCCGGCAGGCUUUUCUUGAAGCUCUCGCUGUCCUGAGUCUCCUCAACAACACGUUUUCUCGUAUCGCAAAGGACUGGGGAUUUUCAGAAACUGUGAAGUCCUAAGCGACUACAGAGCAGAAGCUUAAACACAGAGGAAAAAGACAUUAUCUUUUAGUGCAGGGAAGGAUGAAUUAUAAAGAGUAGGGGUCAGCGUGACGCAUCAGAAAGCAGUAUUACACAUUCUGCUGGUGUUGGCUGGUACUAAUGCCUUAAAAAGUAAGGCACCUGAAUAUGACUCUUAAAGUGUUGAACAUAAGGCUCCCAGUCAUAAAUUUCCUCGGUAUUAUGGCACAUGGACAGUAUAUACUAGACAGUCUCCCAAAUGCAUCCUUUUUCAUGUUGUUUCAUGCUUCAGGUUGAUGGUAAGGAAACAGUUUGCCAAGAAACCAUCUCAAUGCCAAAGCGUAGGGUAGGCGUCUUCUCAGCCCUGUGGUGGCUCCUGGCUGCGUAGGGUGUCGUUCUGUACGAGGACCCCUCACCGACUCCAGGAACACUUGCCCCAGGCCCCUGCAGUGCACUUCGGAGGGAAGAUCUGUACCCAGACCUGGGACAUGACCCGUGACUAAUUUGAUUUGCAUCCCUUUUGACUCUACUGGGUGGGCAAGGGAUGCAGGACUAGGAGAGCAUUUAGGACAUACAGCGUGAAUCUGUACAGAGGCCCAACAUCCCUGAAGCCAGUUCACUCCUUCACACAAUUCCUUCGGUGUUGCUAGUGUCAUAACCUGCUAACGGUCUCUCAGCGUUUCUUUCGAGAUGGAAGGGCUGAGCUGAAUAAGCUACUAGCUAAAAGCAAAGGGCUGUACCCAUUGCAGUGCCAGCCAGAUGUCUUUACAAUGUACAGUAAAAGCACGCGACUGCCAUGACUUGAAGAAAACUGCAUGUGCACUUUGUAGGGAGCUCGCACAAAGUGGAAUUUGAAAUGGUUCCAGCUUACGUCGUCUUGUGAUGUGUAGAUGUUGCUAAUGACUGAUUCUCAACAUGUCAUACAGGUGAGGUCCAAAUAAUUUAAUGUAGGCGAACGCCAUGCCUUGUAAGCAAUGAUAACUUGUACAGCAGGGGAGUGUGUGGCAGUGGGAGGGAGGAGUGGUUCCAGCAAUCAGAGUUGUUGGCCUCAUUAACUGCUCACCAAAGUGCACACCCAAGAAGUGCCCAUUACUGACAAAGGAAUGUCGAUGCAGGGAAAGCCCGGCCUUUUCCCACGCAGCACGUCCAGCUGGGGCCAGGGGGGACAGGCCCAUCAGGAAUGACAGUGACAGCAGGCUGGGGUUUUAGCUGUAUGCAGUGGACAGGGAGAAUCCGGCACUGACUCAGACACUAACCAGACACAAAAAUCAAAGCCCCGUAUGCACAAACACUGCUGCUCCUGAGACCACUCCUAAUUAUAGUGCAUAGCCUUCCCGUUUGGUCACAGAGAGAACGCGGCAUGAAAACGGAGGUCGAGCAGUCUUCUCCCAGCAUUGUCAUUUCCACAGCAGGGCGAGGGGCAGCACCGUAUUAGUGACACCUAUCCCCCACCCCUCCCAAGCCUAUGAGGCUCCCAGUGACCAUAUUCCAGGCCCAGGGGCUUUUGUACCCUCUCCACUCAGCCUUGUUCAGGGAUCCCCUUUCUUUAUUUGCCCCUCCCCGCCAGUUCAGACACCCAGCCUGUGGGUUUUGGGACCAAUUACAUCCUCUGCAGAGGGCUUCAGUACACUGUCACUGUUGCACAGGCCUCCAGGGUUGCACAAUGCAAGUGUGCUCAGCCUUAUUACAUGGUAGAGGAAGGAACCGUGGUGCAUGCAGGGGAGGGAAGGACAGCAUUGCAAAAUGGAUCCAGAGGGACUCCCUUGUGGUGCGGGCCAGGUGUGCGGAGAUGCUCUUCUGUUGCCACUGCUUAGACUCCUAGAAAAACAGGGCUGGAAGGGUCUUCGGGAGAUCAUCUACUCCAACCUCCUGCUCAAGGGAGGAUCAUCGCGAUCCAAACUGCCCUGUUCUUACAAACAUCAGGGAGAUCGUCAGCUACUACUACCGGGCACAAUGCCCCGAACGUAAGAAGUACCCUUUAAUGUGCAGCAGAUAAAGCUGUGUCCUGCCUACCCGGCACUUGGUUCUUCUGCCUUUGUUCAGCUCCAGAGGCAGGGAUUUGGGCACGCACUCUGCUUUUCACAGCACCCAGUCCAGAAACAGGCCCUUGGACCAGGGUGUGAGGGGAGGAGGGGGGAUCCCAGCCUGGAAGAUCCAGCUCUUGUACUAACGCAAGCCGCUUAGUGUCAAUGGAAAGGCUUGGUUGCCAUGUCCGGGUUUCACAGAAGAUGGAUGAUAGGAAGGGAGGGAGAAGGAGGGAGUUCUUGUGGGGCCAUUGGCACGGGCUCAGUCGGGCGUUAACCCGGUCUCCAGAUCUGUAAGGAAGGCGUGAUCCAGGCCGAGGACCUUCACUCAUUCCAGCCAAAUUGUCACUGAAGUGGUUGCACUCUCGCCGCAGCCUGAAGAGGAAGCUGGGCCGGGGUGAGGGUGAAGCCAAGGAAGAGCGGAGAGCGAGGGUGAGGUGUGCUUUGCUUUUGACUCAUACCCCAGCUUUCUUCAGUCCACUCCAACCUGCCAAACUGCUCCCUUUGUCUCUUCCUCUUCCCUGGCUCUGACUAGACCAUCACAUCCAGACCACUUUCCCUCCCAACCAUGCACCACCUUAGGACUUGAGCCACCCCAGCCCCCAGGUUGUAGCCGCACACACUGAAAAACCAGGCGCAAGGGCUCCUUAUUGGUUGAACUGCAGAUCGUAGCUGCACCAAAAACGCACCUGUGCUAGCAGAGUUUCUCUUUGUCAUUGAAACACAUCCCAGGGGUUAACAUAUGUAGGGUUCAAUUUUUUUCUGAAUCAAAAUACUGUAUGUGCUGAUAAAUAACUGCAAACUGUGGCCCUAAAAGACCAUGAGAGGGAGGAUGCCAGGACAGGACGUAGUGCCAAACUAUCAAGGCACAAGCCGAAGCUGGGAGUGCUGUAGUUGGAACAGAAGUGGAUCCUGAAACAUUUGACUGAGCAGCUCAUCAGUUCACCCUCUCUUUGACUCCAGGCUAAGACUCCCAUUAAAAGACACGGUCCUAUUUGUUAUACUGGCACAGACCAGUGCUGCAGGAACAGGCUUUUGGUGCAUAAUCUCUUUAGGGCAGGGCUAUGUCAUGUGCAUGCCAGACACGGUAGGUGGGUCACAGGACCUACCCAAUCCUUCCUGUGGAGCACAAACUGCCUGGCCCCCAGCGCCCGGGGAGAAAGUGAGGCACAACAUAUGCACUCCAGCUGUCCUCUGCUUUUAGUGCCUCUUGGGGCCACGUCUAUUGGAGUGAGCUGGUGCAGGCAGUUAUACAGGACGCUGGCCCCGAAACAAAGCUUGAAACAGUCUCUCCCUCCCCAUGCCCACCCCCAACACACAAACCACAUAGCUGAAGAUUAAGCCCAGGAAAACACUCUCACCCCUGGCCCAACUUCCUCUUCAGGCUGCGGCGAGAGUGCAAGCACAUCAGUGACACUUUGGCUGGAAUGAGUGACUGGCGUUGGCCUGGAUCACACUUUCCUUGCAGAUCUGGAGGCAGGGUUAAUGCCCGACCGAGCCCGUGCCAAUGGCCCCACGAGAAUGACUCCUGUGAAGACUUAGAGGACCCAAGGACGCAUGUCGUGUGCCACAACAGUUUGUUGCAACAGAUUUGCAUUAGUUAGUGGUUGCCCCAUUAGUUUCAGGGCAGGAACCCUGGGAGGUUUAUUUUAUGAUACUUCAUAUUAUGCCAAGAGGUGAUUUGGUUUAGUAUUAGGGGGUCAGGAGAUUUGAGCUUUCCUGUUCAUUUAUACCGAUGGGCCGGGCAUUUGUUAGCACCUCCAGGCAUUAUACCCACUCAUGCUUCUGCAGCCCCUGGGCCAAUGUUAUAUUUGCUUGCCUCCACAAACUGGUUGUUGCACUUUUCCCUCUGUAAUCCUCCUUUUUUUUUUUUGAUUUUGCCAAAGCUGCUUAAAGUGACAUUUGAACAUGGUGCGAUUCAUGCAACAAAAGAAAACGGUGGGUGAGGAAAGUCGAAAUGGCCGGAUGGAUAGUAGUGCUGUACAUAACCGAUGCUGAAUUUUUACCUGAAGUAAUUCAAGGUGCCCACGUAAAUAAUGGAACAAUACGCUGACGUGUCCAAUGCAUUUCUUAAGUUAGUGUUUGUAAAAUGAAAUCCAUCUUGUCAGUUGUAUACAUUUGUUAUGUCACUGGUAAGAAAAUGAUGGUACUAAAUGUCAUUCAAACCAAUAAAUUAUUAUGUCAAAUCAA